AUGAUCAAUAAUCAGCGUGAAUCAGAUGUUGUAAAACGUCGGUCUCGUCGUCAGACUUUACUAUGUUAUUCCACUCUGUGUUUAUUUUCAUUUCUCACAUUUUUACUACUUUCAAUUCACACGUUUCAUAAUCAUUCAAUCAACUUUCAAAACAAAACCAUUUCUUUAAAUGUUAUUAAGUUUCGCUCAUCAUUAAUUCAAUGUGGCCAAUCGAUUGUUCGACGACAAUAUCUCUACCAAAGAGUUCAACAAUUCAUUGCAUUGGUAAAAGCCAAUCCGGAUACGUUGAUCAAUGACCAAUUGAGUCAAAGUCUUUUAAAAGAAGAUCUGAUUUUGUGGUUAGAAUAUAUUUUGAAAGAAUGUUAUCAGGCAAGACAAUUUCUAAUUUAUGAGCAAGGAAAUCCCAUGCUAAUCAGACGCAUCAUCUCCAAAAUACGAAAAGAAAUCUUAUACAUUGCAGCAUUUUUCCUCAAAGAUGUUUAA